AUGGGCAAACCAAAGAAAGGAACUAAAGCUCAUGACGAAGACCUUGAUGAUGAUGAAAAAGUGGCAGACAAAACCAACGAGAACACGGCCAUGAGCAAAAAAGAUAAAAAGAAGAAGAAGGGAAAAGCACGGGAUGACGAUGAUGAUAGGGAGAUCCAUACUAAACUCAAGGCCCUAUCCCUGAAAGGAGAUGAUGACAUGGACGAAGACGAUGUACCAGUCUUAGCCGCAAAGAAGAAAAAGGAAAAGAAAAAAACCACAGGAAUGUCUGCAUUCCAGCUGCUUGGAGAGUUGGAUGAUGAUGUGGGAGCUGGAAGUGAUGCCGAUCAA